AUGUUAAAGUUUAAAGUGAAAUGCGUAUUUUUUAUAUUCUCAGGAUUUGUGCUAUUAUAUGGAUUUUGUCAUGACAGUGCUGAUCGGGGCGUCAGUGAGCAGUAUUUAUUUGAUUUUACAAAAAAUGACGAAGUUGACGCUUGGCAAGAACAAUCUGAUACAGUGCGAGAUGUUGGAAUGUCCAAAGCAGUAUUGGUUAUUCACAAAAAUAUGGGCUUUCGAAGAGCAAUAUUUUUCGCCCUCUUGAAUCCGCAACUUAAUGGAGCCGGGUUCGCCGGAAUACGAGCUAUAAGGUCAUACGAUUUAACGGGUUACACAAAACUUCAAAUCAUGUGUAGAGGUCAGGGGCAAAAUAACGGAUUUAAAGUAAUUUUGAGGCAUAAAGGAUUGAACGACGAGCCCAAUUAUUCAUUUGAGCAAUAUUUUCAGUUUUCUUUUUCGGUUGCUUAUGACACCGUGCUGGUCCCGGCAGUCCGAUUAUUGCCAUAA